GUCUUCGAGCCAACUUUACGGACUAAGUUUUCCCCUUCCAUGGGUCGGAAACAUUGCUUGUGCCGAUUGCCGAACACUAAGGAAUGGGUUCACCGAAGAAGAAAGCGUCGGAGGUCGCAGCUCUGUUGAAUCUACAGCCUCACCCCGACGGUGGCUUCUACUUGGAGACCUUCAGGGACUCCUCCAUCACACUCUCCAAAUCUCAGCUCCCACCCCAAUACAACGUGGAUCGUGCUGUGAGCUCAGCUAUCUACUUCUUGCUUCCAUCAGGGAACGUUGCUCAUCUCCAUCGUAUCCCUUGUGCUGAGACCUGGCACUUCUACAUGGGAGAACCUCUCACGGUGUUUGAACUACUACAUGAUGGCCAGGUAAAGUUGACCAUCAUAGGUCGAGACCUGGAAGCGGGUCAUUGCCCCCAGUAUACAGUGCCACCAAAUGUGUGGUUUGGUGCUUUCCUUACCUUGGAUGUUGAGUCCUCUCCUGAUGAUGGCAGUGUUCUUGUCAAAACCAGCAGCCGGGAUCCUGAGCUGCACUAUUCUCUGGUUGGUGUGACUUGUGCCCCAGCGUUUCAAUUCGACGACAAUGAAUUAGCCACACUUGAUGAGCUCAAGCCUCACUAUCCAAAAGCUGAGCCUUUCCUGAACUACCUCAUAACUUCCAAAUAGAAAACAGAUCCUUGUGCUUUGCCCUCUGUCCAAGGGAAUUCUUCUCCACUUUCUAAGUGGAGGUUGGGUGUUCUAUCAUGGUAGAUGUUAUCUGUGAUAUUAUUCUGCUUUUCAUAAACAAAAACUCUUUAUGAUAUGUUUGUCCAAUCAUUGUGCUUUA